AUGACGUCCAAAGUCGAAGCCGCUUUAGGAAGAGACAAAAUCGAGAGUUUUACGCUGGAACAAUUAGCCGCUGAGUGGCAAAAUAAUGAACACAACAAGAAGGCAGUACAUGAUGAAAUGAUGAAACAAGUGGUGCUUCAGAGGUUGAGUCAGAUCACUGGCCUGAUUAACGCAGAUUGUGAUAGGCCAAGCGGAACUUCUGAUCACGGGCCCAUCAGCUCUGUAAACUGGGAUGAAGUGUAUGAGGUAUCAGCAAACGUUAUGGACUUGUAUACCAAGGAAAUCGAUGAGUGCCUAGCAGAGCUUGAUAGAUCUUACAGGAGACAAUACUUAUGGCAAGAAGCGGCUUUCACGAUCGAUUCCCAUCGUGGUGCUACUAGGAUUGGUGUUGCAGAAAGUUGGAUUGUAGGUAAAGAAGGCAAUUUGGAGUUUACAAGACAAGAGCUUUCGACAUCGGCACGCGUUAUCAAGAAGACUUUGGAAGAGCUGUCUCGAAAAUGA